GAUAACGUGGUGGGAAGCAGCUGUCCUCCUUUCGUUAUAACUAUCGAUCUUUCGUUAGUUUUGUACCUUAUUAGAAUUAACUUGACGAUUUUUAAAAACUUCCGUAGAGUCUUUAAUAAGAGAGGAAACCAAGUGUAUAUUUCAUACAACUUUAAAUGUGUGUGAACCACUGAACCUGUUAGUUACGUGCUUACUGUCAUCAUAUACGUUCAUGAGUAACACAAUUAGUAGUCAUGCACAGUAAAUGUUAUAGAUUCAUGCAAUUAAAUAGCCAAAUGAGACAGUUGUCUUUGAUAAUUUUGCUUGUGUUGCUUGUCAAUAAAGCUUCAGGGGAGCAGGUAGCUGCUGCCCAGUCACUAGACGACGAAAUCGUGCCGUACGAUUUCACUCAUUUCCCUUACAAAGAAACUGUAACGAACGAGAAGCAGUGGGCUGAGUACGAGAGCGCGUGUGAGCAAUCGACGGAGUGUCUUGCUAAGACGGGCGUGCUGCGCGUGCGCUGCGUGAGGGAAUGUAUCUCCCCUCACUGCUACAACGUCCUCUACAGGCAUGACGAGCUUGAGGAAGGGGAGGUGGACGUGCGGCUGAGUUCAUUCAAAGGAUGCUUCCUUAAGAAGCUCAAGACACGCAGAGUGUAGUUCCUCGAGUGGGUUAUGUUAUUUAUUUAUUUUUUAUACUUAAAUUAUCCGUUCAAAUGUCCCUUAGUUACAUAUUAUGACAAAAAUGUUCAUUCUUUUCAGAUGUCAAAUAAUGUUGGUAAAUAAAUAUUGCGAUUCGAUUUGACCAGUAAAAAAUCAAGCAUGCACAUAUUAUAGCACAUAAUAUGUGCAUUUAUAGCAUCUGCACAUAAAUAUCGUGAGUUUUGGCUGUUUUCUUUCCAUCUCGACGCUCAGGCCAUUUGUGAACUUCAGCAAAGACAAUGGAACGAUGGUUUAAUCAUACCUAAAAUUCAACUCCUCUUGCGGAUUUGAUCAAGGUAUAAUUAAGAGACAGAGAAUUCGACUUUUAAUUAUAUCAUCUGUUUUCAAAACAUUUCUAAAAAACUUGAAUGGGCGACAGCAGUUUUGUGCACAUCCUUAUAGUAUUACAUUUGUUUAUAUAAGAAAUCCUACCAAUCUUAGACGCUCAUCGGAUGGUAUAAUUAUAAAGUUAAUAAGACACCUGUUUACAUGGCAUAUCCUACCAAUAUUAGACGCGCAACAGAGAGUAUGAUAAUCAUGUAAUAUCUGUUUAUAUAAUAAAUCUUAUCAAUCAUAGACCUGCAAAAGAAAUUAUGAUCAUCGUUUAAAAUCUGCACUCUCUACUUUCAAACCUGUGAACAUGAAGCGCUCCUUAAUUCAAAUAGUGAUGGCAUGUAAGGUGGAAUGAUUUCUUGUUGUGACACCUGACAUGAAAUGUUUUAAUUCUGCUGCAGUAGGAUAAAAUUUAAUUACAACCUGUAGGAUUCUCACACACAAUUUGGACGUAUAUUUGAAGGGGUAAAUUUUUCUGCCAAAUAAAUUUGAUGAUUUUGGCUUACUCAUAAUUAAUUGGUUUGCCUCAUUACAUAAGCAAUGUAUGCAUACACCAAUACAAGCAAGCUCUUAUCAAAAAUUUAUCGUGCUCAAGCUCGUUGUUGAAUCAUAACAUGACAAUGAAUCUUUGACAGUCAACAACUAGUACAAGAGACAAUCAAGUUAUCACGCACCUACUAAAUUGCGUGGCUUCGUCCGUAUAAUUCUAUAAUUCCGUCCGAUAAUUUAUUAUAAGCUACAGCAGAGGCAUUGAGAUACUUCAACAACUGUAUUAUUUUUUUUGUUUCAUCUUCAAAAAAUUACGUUGAAAAUAAAAUAUUAUCGAGAAGCAUGUCAGUAGGGUACGUGUCACUUUCACUCCUUC